AUGGAAACAUCUUUAUCAACUCGAUUAACAGGAGAUCAAUGGAUUGUAGAUUCACAUCUUCUCAUAGAAUGGAAAGACUUUUCUGCUUGUGAAAUCUAUUCUCCAUCAAAUCGAAAAUGGCGAGAAACUGCCGUUAUGAAUGUUGGACGAAAUGGGCUUACACUCACGUCACUUUCGAAUGAUAGAAAUAUAUUAGCUAUUUGUGGUAGUCGGAAUGAUCUUGAUGCAUAUACAGCAGAAAUAUAUUAUAUAGACAUGAAUAUAUAG